AUGGCUGAUCUUCCUGCUUUUCGUGUUCAAGAGACUAAAGCUUUUGUACAUACGGGAGUAGAUUAUGCUGGCCCUAUUAACAUAACCCUUUGUCGACGCCGUGGACAAAGAAGUCAGAAAUCAUAUAUUUGUUUAUUUAUAUGUUUAGUAACCAAGGCGGUUCACAUCGAACUCGCCUCUGAUUUAUCUUCUGAAUCGUUUAUUUCCGCAUUUAAGAGAUUCAUAUCUCGUCGAGGUCCAGUUUCUUGUCUUUAUUCUGACAACGGAACCAAUUUCAUUGGUGCUAAAUCGCAAUUAAAUGAACUUUAUACAUUCUUAAAUUCUGAAAAUUAUAACUGCAUACUCCAAAAUGACUUAAAUCAGCGUAGAAUAGAAUGGCAUAUGAUACCGCCCCGCGCUCCUCAUUUCGGAGGAAUAUGGGAGACACAAUUUAAAAGCAUAAAAACCCACUUAUUCAGAGUGAUAGGGAAACAACUGCUUACUUAUGAGGAGCUUUUGACGGUUUUGAUCCAAAUUGAAACUGUAUUAAAUUCCCGUCCUCUUUGUGUGUUACAAGAGGAACCGCAUCCAGAACCUCUGACGCCUGCUCAUUUUAUUAUGUCCUCACCUCUGCAGUGCUUACCUCUAACGCCACUUUCUGAUAUUCCGUUACGUACUCGUAAAUCAUUACUCGAUCAAAUGAUCUAUUCCUACUGGAAAAGGUGGCAUUUAGAAUAUUUGAACAACUUACAAGUUCGCCAAAAAUGGUUUAAAAAUACAGAUAAUGUUAAGGUUGGUACUGUAGUGCUUAUACAUGAUGAUAACGUCUCACCACUGCGGUGGCCAAUGGGUAUCAUUGUGAAAAUAUAUCCAGGCUCAGAUGGUAUUGCUCGCGUAGCAUCUGUUAAAACUCAAAAUGGUUUGCUCAAGCGACCAAUCGUUAAAUUAAGCCCUUUACCUUCUCAAUAA